AUGGGAACGGGGGUUCCUCCAACGACAGAAUUGGCGGACACACGUCCGAUACCCAUCGCGCACAAGCGCACACAGCAAACACAGCCAAACAUCCGUACCAACACGGCCCGGUUCCGAGAACAUGGCCUGAUGCCACCGACAUGCGACGAGGACCUUCGAGUUUUCUCUGAGCGAAAGAGCGUGGGAGAUGCGGGGCCAAGAGUGGCCAGCGACGUGGGGUCACAUCUCACCUCCAAUACAGCACAUCGCACGCUGCAAAGUCUCCGGCACAGCACACACACGGAUGAGCCAAAGGACCAGGCCACCACGCUCACACUACUUUUGACUUUUGUUUGA